CAUAUUUUUUUCUCGCUCUCCCUAGUGUUUAACAAAAAAUUACGUAUAAGGGGUCUGUUUUUCUAAGUCGGCCUUUUUUUUUCUGGGGAUCAUGUAAUUGGUUGAUCUUCCUUUUUUUUUUUUUAACUUAAUGUAUUUGGCUGAUCUGCAGUUCGAAUUUGGGCCCAGAAACUAACGUUGUAUUAUUCGGUCUAGUUUAUUAGUUGGUCGAGUGAGUGAUAUUGGUUUUAGUCAGAUGCAGGGGGGAAUGAUGUUUGCCAGGCUUGACGAUUCGCCCAUGUUUCGUCAGCAGAUCCAAGCUUUGGAGGAAGAUUCCGAAUUGUUGAGGGAUAAAUGUCUAAAGUUUUAUAAAGGAUGUCGAAAGUACACAGAAGGUCUUGGGGAAGCAUAUGAUAGAGACAUAGCUUUUGCGAGUUCUCUUGAAACCUUUGGAGGAGGGCACACUGAUCCUGUUGGUGUUUCAUUUGGAGGCUCUGAUAUGGUUAAAUUUGCUAUCGCCCUGAGAGAGAUUGGAACAUACAAAGAAGUUCUUCGAUCACAGGUAAAGCAAAUAUUAAAUGAUCGAUUACUACAUAUGGCUAGCAUUGAUCAUCAAGUCAAGGAAUCUCGGAAGCGUUUUGACAAAGCUGAUGUAGCUUAUGAUCAGGUCCGCGAGAAGUUCCUAUCAUUGAGGAAAAGUACUAGGAUGGAUAUAGCUGCAGCCAUUGAGGAGGUUGGAGCUCUUUCUUCUGUUGAGGCCAAAAAGAAGUACGAAUUUUUGGAAGCUGUUAGCUUGACUAUGGAUGCUCAUCUUCAGUAUUUCAAACAGGGGUAUGAACUAUUGCAUCAGAUGGAGCCUUAUAUCAACCAGGUCUUGGCCUAUGCACAAAGGUCUAGAGAAAGCUCCACACAUGAGCAGGCAGUUCUCAAUGGAAAAAUGCAAGAGUAUAGGAGAGAAGUCGAUCAAGAAAGCAGGCGGUCAUUCAAUGGUCCUCACAGUUCUUCAAAUGCUGAUGUCAUACAACAUUCUUCCAGAAGUUCUCAAAAAUUGAUAGAGGCAGUAAUGCAGUCUACUUCAGAAGGAAAGGUACAAACUAUAAAACAAGGGUAUCUCUCAAAGCGUUCCUCUAAUUUAAGAGGUGACUGGAAGAGAAGAUUCUUUGUUCUAGAUAGCCGAGGAAUUCUGUACUAUUAUCGAACACAAAAGAGCAGGUCCUCUUUUCAGGGAUCUGCCAAUCCACUCUCUCCACAUAGAAGUUUUUCCACAGAACCAGGAGCAGCGCACCGGAGUAGUUGGCUUUCUUCUCAUUAUCAUGGAGGUGUACAUGAUGAAAAACCUGUUGCACGUCGUACAGUGAACCUACUGACAUCAACAAUAAAAGCGGAUGCAGAGCAAUCGGAUCUGAGAUUUUGCUUCAGAAUAAUUUCACCUACAAAGAGUUAUACUUUGCAGGCAGAGAGCGCAGCAGAACAAAUGGACUGGAUAGAAAAAAUAACAGGAGUUAUUACCUCUUUGUUGAGUUCCCAGACACCUGAAAGGCAUUUCUCCGUGAGUCCCACUAUGAAAAGUAGGUCUAUAGGAAGUCCCACCAGUCAUGGUCAAAGGAAGAUGGAGGAGUGCACAUCCGGGAGGGAUUUCAUUGCUAGGAGUUCCAUACGCCAAUCCAAAAGUGCAUCACACCUCCCCAGCAUGAAAACAGUGAAACCAGUUGAAGUACUGAAAAGGAUACCUGGGAACGAUAAAUGUGCUGAUUGUGGUUCUCCAGAACCAGAGUGGGCUUCUUUAAAUCUUGGUAUUCUUAUAUGCAUUGAAUGUUCUGGCAUUCACCGUAACCUUGGUGUACAUAUAUCAAAGGUAAGAUCCUUGACACUUGAUGUUAAAGUGUGGGAGCCUUCAGUCAUAACCCUAUUCCAGGCACUUGGUAAUGUGUUCGUGAAUUCUGUUUGGGAGGGUUUGUUGCAUCCAAGAAGAACUUUUCAGGCAGAUGAAAUACCAAUGCGGUUUUUGGAGUCCCAGAAACACAAACAGUUCUUUUGCAAACCCAGUGACCAUGAUCAUAUUUCGGUGAAGGAGAAAUUCAUCCAUGCAAAGUAUGCAGAAAAACGUUUUGUUCACAAAGUGGCAGACAGUGGGCACUUGCUUUCUGUGGCACAACAGUUGUGGGAAGGUGUCCGUAAAAAUGACAAGAAAACUGUAUACCGACUAAUUGUUGUCUAUCAAGCAGAUGUUAAUUCAGUCUACACGCAAGCAUCAGUUGGCAGUGAUUGUUCAAGCUCUUUGAACCCACAAAGUGGAAGUGAAGACCAUUCCUCUGAUGAAUUUCUUGAUGGCUGUUCCCUGCUUCACCUAGCCUGCCAAACUGCUGAUAUUGGCAUGGUAGAGCUGCUUCUGCAGCAUGGUGCUAACAUAAAUGCCUGCGAUUCACGUGGUCAGAUCCCAUUACAUCAUAGUUUCUUAAGAGGAAGAACUGAAAUUGCCAAAAUAUUACUUUCAAGGACAACUUCUGAGGUUCGGGUUCAGUAUACAAGUAGAGGAGCUUAAACCAAUUCUCCAGGAUUUAUAGGAGGGGCUGACCCACAAGCUGUUGAUAAGGAAGGUAAGACUCCUUUCCACCUUGUCGAAGAAUCAGCCCUGGAUGAUGUAGAGAUUCUCGCCCUCCUGAAAGUCGCAAUAGGAUAGCACCAGCACAAAGAUCACACUGAGGUAGACCACUUAGAAUUGCAUUAUCUUCAAAAAUGACGUUGGAGUUAUUUGGAAGUGCUAGAGCCUUCUCAAUCCUUAGCUUCAUUCUGCCAAAGGAAUAUUGAAAUAAGCAGGCUUUCUGACAUUAAUGAUUCAGAGAACUGGUGCUUUUCCUCCGCGGAGUUGAGGUUAGAAAUUACACAUCAAGUACCACAUUGCUAAAGCUAUGAGAGACAGUUAGCUUGUGCUUCAGGCAUGUUGUUCCUACAAAAUGCAACAAUUUCAGCUUUAGUAAAAGAGUUUGAGGCCAUGCAUUAAGCUGCUUCAUCUGUAUUCCUCAUUAUUAGUUUUUUCUCCUUUGGUUUCUUUUGUUAUCCUAGUUCUGCAGCUCUCGAAGAAGUAGGCACUGUGGAGCAGUUAUACAUGCAUUAUGAAUUGAUUUUGAUGGUUUGAACAGUUAUGAAGUGGGUGAAAUUUUUGUAUAGCAGCUUGCUGAUUGAGCUGAAGAAAUCGAGGAGACAUGCGAUACCUAGCUUGCUUGUAUUGCCAGAAGUAUUCAAAAUAGCUUACUGGUUAAUUUUCCAAGAUCAAGAGGUUGGUAAAUGAUAGUCAUAAUUCAUUUGUACCUAAAGCAAUUGAUGGGAAAUUGAGUAUAGUAUGUGCCUUGCCAUAAGAGCUGUAGUUUUAAUAUUUAAUCAUUAUUCUUUUAAUUUUUUUGGAAAAUUAUCAGAGUUCUAGCUAUUUGUAAUGCAGAUAUAAAUUAAAAGACUUUGAGAUGA